AUGAAAAACACAGAUACUGUUAAAAAGCGUAUAGUGUUUUCAAACUGUUGUAAAAGUGUGGGCUCUGAGCCCGAGUCUGUGGCUUGUCCGGUAAGCAAUAGAGAAAUAGCAAGUCCGGUUGGAAGGUUGAAGAAUAAUUUAGCACACUGGGAAAAGACAUGUAAAAAUGAGUAUAUUCUAGACGUUAUUGCUCAGGGGUACAAAUUGCCAUUUAAAACCAUGCCCUCAUCUGUUGAAAUCAGAAAUAACAAGUCUGCUUUAGAUAAUCUAGAGUUUGUGUCUUCUGAGAUAAAAAAUAUGUUAGCCAAAGGGUGUAUUUCUGAGGUACAGUCUGCUCCGGAAGUGGUGAACCCAUUGACAGUUGCUAUUAAUCGUGUAGGAAAGCCUAGACUAGUUCUUGACUGCAGGCAUAUAAAUUUGGAUUUAUAUAAGUACAAAUGUCGUUUUGAGGAUCAGUCCGUCGCCAGGCAAAUUUUCAAAAAAGGUGAUUUUAUCUUCUCCUUUGAUAUCAAAGGAGCUUACCACCACAUUAUGAUACAUUUUGCACACCGUACUUAUCUUGGUUUUUCAUGGUCCGAAAACAGUCAGAAAAGAUAUUUUGUUUUUAACGUUUUACCAUUUGGUAUUUCUACAGCUGGUUACAUUUUUACAAAAGUUUUAAGGGUACUUGUAGAAAAAUGGCGCAGUUUGGGGCUAAAGGUGGUGUUAUUUUUAGAUGACGGAUUAGGCGGUGCAAACUCUUAUGAAUGCGCUUUAAGAGAUAGCGUCUUUGUGAGACAAGAUUUGAUAAAUUUCGGGUUUCUGCUAGCCGAAGAAAAAUGCAACUGGCAGCCUUGUCUACGUUUAGUUUGGCUAGGUUAUAACUGGGACAUGGAACUGGGUAUUUUGAGUGUUACAAUUGAGAGACUGGACAGAGCUAAAAAACUAAUAGACGAACUUGUUUCGAAAAUUAGCAGCGGUCAUGUAUUAAUACCUGUUCGAAAAAUAGCAUGUAUAGUAGGUCAUUUAUUAUCAAUGCAGUGUGUAUUUGGCACCGUUGUCCGAUUGAAGUCAAGAUCACUUUAUCAGGCUGUUCAAACUAGGGCAAGCUGGAAUGCCCUGGUCAGAGUGUGUUCGGAUGCACUCGGUGAACUGUUAUUUUGGAAAGAAAAUUUAGAAAAAUUGAAUAUUUGUCAGUUUGAACAAACUCAAAGUGUUAUUAACACAAACGUCUCUGUUGACGGAAAUGAUAAUUUAAACGUCUUUGUUGACGCCAGUGGAUCUGGGUUUGGAAGUUUUAUUGAAGGUUUUGACGAUAAUCAGGUCGUAGGUUCAUGGUCCGAAUCAGAGAAGAGAUUAAGCUCCACCUGGCGUGAGCUUGAAGCUGUACGAAGGUCUCUGUUUUCCACUGUACCUUCGUUAGAAAAUCGUAGAGUUACUGUGAAUUCUGACAACAAAAAUGUGUGCUCAAUUUUGAAUAUCGGUAGCAAAAAGCCACAAUUGCAUGAUAUUUCAGUUCAAAUUUAUGAUUAUUGCAACAAACAUGACAUAUCAGUAGUGUCUCAUUGGAUACCAAGGGCAUGUAACUCUGAGGCCGAUUUUCUAAGUAGGUGUUCAGACAGUGACGAUUGGUCGGUCGUUGACUGGGUGUAUGAUAUACUCGAUGUUAAAUGGGGCUCACAUUCGUUUGAUCGUUUUGCGUAUGAUUACAACAGAAAAUGCAUGAAAUUCAAUUCUAGGUUCUGGUGUCCUGGUACAGCAGGAGUGGAUGCAUUUGCACACACAUGGAGUGGUGAAAAUAACUGGCUAGUCCCACCACCGAGGUUGAUACUCGCUACUCUGAAUAAAGUCAGAAAAGAGAAAUGCACUUGUACGCUUGUUGUUCCAGCUUGGCGUUCUGCUCCGUAUUGGCCUGUGCUGUUUCCUGACGGCUUGAGACUGAAGCAGACGAUACAUGAUGAGCUGACGAGUGCCGGAAUCAGUGAUCCAGUGUUGAAGAAUCUUGCAUCACAAAUGGCGGAUAACCUGGUCGAUUCGAAAAGUGACAAUACU